AUGGGAGGCACAAAACAUUCAGUCGGUUCUGUCGCUUUUGGUAUUGGGCGCAGAGCCUGUUUGCUGGAACAAUAUCCUGGCACAAGAACAUUUAGAGCAUUGUUGAAGAAGAAUUUUGAUGCAUAUCGGGAAGCCAAUCAGGAGGGACGGGAUGAAAUCGCCCAAGACAUUGUGGACCAAUUUCCGCCAGACGCUUUCUUCAAACUCGAAGAUGGGGAAUUGUCCCCUCUGGACAAGCAACUGGCCAAAAUGGAGGUGAAGACUUCGAUGGCCAGGUUGAGGGGACACAAGACAUCAAAGGAGAAGGAAAACAAAAUGAGAACCGAAGAACCAGAGGAAAGUGAAGGUAUUCCUUCCGUCAACGAUCUUCUUUUUCGCAACAAAAUGCCAAUGUCCGCCAAGAACCGUGGUACACUGCGGUUUGAAAAAAUGGUUAUGCUUAUCCUUGCUCAGCUUCGAAACAAGGGAGGGAAAAUCUACUUGAAUGCUUCAGACGAGAAAGCAAGAGGCCUAGCGCGCCGACUCCUCAAGCAACAGAAGGAAGUGAAUCCUGGCCAAGCGUACUUCGAAUACGAUGCUAUAACCAAGAAGUACUGCAAACAGACUGACGAACAAGCAUUUUGGAGAGCUGUAAAUUUUGUUGAAAGUGUCAAACGUUCUCACAAUAGCAAACAAAUGCCGAUCGAGAAAAGGUGUCGAGAUUAUGGAAUGAACCUAAACAAAGAAGACAUGCAAGAUGCAAACAAUGCUCCUACCAUGUCCGAUUCUGCCGUCACAAAUUCUGUCCAUGAGAUUACCAAAGCUAUCGACGCUACGACUUUGCCUUCUUGUACUGUCUUUGCUCAUGCCGCGUCAUUCAAGAACUCAAUGGUGAAAAAUGGCUCACCUUUUCGAGCUAGUACUAAAACCAGUGCAAACGAUUGCGGUGUCGGGUACAAAACCAACCAAUGUUCCAUAGCGACAACUGCAGUAACUAAUGCACCCCAAGGCUCUACGAAGGAGGAACUACUUGCAAGGGAAGCAGAUGAGAAUGGAGGGGUCGCGUUGUCUGCUUUUGCUGCUACAUCAGAAACUGGUAACAAAACACUUCAAGAAGGCAAUAGGAUCAAUGCAGCGCGUCGUGGAACAAAACGGCCAUUUGAUGAGACCAAUGCAGUUUAUCUGGAUGAGACGGAUGACUCAAUUGCAUUGCCGAUACCAUUGCGCGAUCGGGUCGGGCCUUUAGACCAAAAAAUGCUAAAGCACCUGUUGGAAAUCUGCGAGUCUGACCCGAACUUCAAGCAUGUUGUCUUGUCUCAGCUAUGCCCAGAACUCACCAACUUCGAGCAGAGUGGUUCUGGGUUAAAACGAGCUACUCGCAAUCCAGAGAAGCAGCUCAAGGCAACUAUCUCCGAGAAUGAAAGACUUCAAAAGAGCAAUGAAAUGAUUGAGAAGGACAACGACGAGAAAGCCCGGAAGAUUGCCGCGUUGGAAGCGCAGCUUGUUUAUUCGAAGAGAAGAGAGGAAGAGCUCAAGGUAUCCGGUAUGGAAGAACUCAAAUCAGCUCUGUCACUACGCACCAACUUGGAGAAGAGUCUUGCGGAGUCUAGAAGAGCUACUCAGAAUGCAGAGAAGCAGCUCGAGGCAACCAUGUCCGAGAAUGAAAGACUUAAAAGGAACGAGCAAAGGAUUGCCGAAUUAGAAGCAAAGCUUGAUUCUAUUAAGGAAGACCACCAAACAGCUCUGUCCCGGAACCGCAGGCUUCGAACGAACAACGGAGCGCUUCGAACGAGUAAUGAACAGAACAAACGCACGAUCUCUGGGUUGGAAGCCAAGAUUGGAAGAGAGAAAGACCUUGAAGAAAUUUCAAAACGCUACGAAGAUGCCUAUAAAUCUAUGGCCGAGAAAAAUGGAGUACUCGAGGAUCAGCUCCAGGCUGUCAAAGACUGGUUUGAAAAUGAAGCGAGACUAGGGCAGCAGCUUGAGGACCAAAUCGAAGCCAUUCUCGCUCCGUAG